GAGACUAUCCGCUCAAUUGCAGAGUUCAUGAUAUGGGGCGACCAGAACGAACCUCGCAUCUUCGAUUACUUCCUCGAAAACAACGUCAUGCACUAUCUGCACCGCGUUUUGCAGCAGCCGGCCAAUCGCACAGGGGACGUGGCAAAGCAGGUCUUGCAAACAUUGAGCAUAAUCAUACAGAACAUUCGCAGUGAGACGGGUACUUAUUUCCUCUUCAGCAACAACCACAUCAACAACAUCGUGGAGAUCAGGUUCGACUUUGAGGACGAGGAAGUGCUGGGCUACUAUAUCUCCUUCCUGAAAACCAUCAGCCUUAAGCUCAAUGCGCGCACG